AUGGACAGAAAGUCUGCUAGAAUAAAAGCAGAGUUGCAAAGAUAUGGUUGGAGAGUUUCGAAGAAGUUUAAAUAUAGGAAGGGAAGACCCAUAAAAGUCUAUGACAAAUUGUCUGGUCUUCGCUACGAAAUGGAUUUGGAAACAGCACGUGCAAAUUAUCCAAACAGACUAGAGAGGUUAGAAGAAGAACGUCUUAUGGACAUGCCUUUCGAUGUUAGUGAACCUCAAGUUGAAGGACACGACGGCUUUGCCAGAUUCUACUGGAAACAUGACGAACAAUUGCAUCCUUUGAGAAGGAAAAAAGGAAAAGGUGAAGACGCACAUGUUCCCAUGGAAAGAACAAGAUAUGCAUAUGAGAAGUACCGUGAAGUUAGAAGUCAAAUUACUUCUGGUCGAACCUUUACAGUAAACUUUGACGAAGGAAAGAACAAAGAAGGCUUCAUGGGUGUACUUGCUGCCAUACAAGACGGAAAUAAGAAAGGACACAAUCUCAGAUUGACCAUAACAAAUUUGGAUGGUCACAUUUACUAUGCACAUGGCAAUGUCACAACAGCCGCACAACUUCUUGACGCUUUCAAGACUACAAAGAGAGAACAAAUGGUUGACUCCGACUCAGACAUUUUGAAUGCAAUUGAAGGAAUUGCAAGUGUCAAGUUCGAAUGGUACCAACCUAACCCUCAAGCAGUCAGACAACAUGCUGGAUACUUCCCGUUCAGAAACUUGUUUGUUAGAUGA